UUCUUUAAAUGGCAACAAUGUAGUUAGUUUUGUCCUGGAAAAUCUUACGACAUUCUCGAUUGCUCAACCAGUUAGUAACCGACUAGAACACAAAAUGUUUGAGUGACUUGUGGAGACACUUGCAGACAGCAAAUGAUGCGUACCGAAUACCUGGAUUUCUGCUGCUGAAUCACGGCAGACUGGAGCCAUAAUCUACGAUGAUGUUUUUGUGGUCCGUUCUUUUGGUGGCAGCGGUGGGAUUUGUGGAAAUAAGUAGCGUGAAUCAUGAUAUUGUUUCCAUGUGGAAAAGGUACGGAGGUGACGAAGCAGUGGCCCAUUCAGCUUCAGUGAUGGUGUAUUGCUCAUGCAAUGUGACUUUACCAUGCAACAUUACUAUGGCAGCCCAGUUCUAUCUGAGCGAAGACCCGUAUUGCUACCAGAUCUGUGACGGUGACGUACAGUGCGCAUACUGCAGUCACAUGACUCAUUGCUCGUGUUCUGAAGACGACAUCGAGACAUACUGGUUGUGUCGAACGGGAAAUAGGGCCCAACUCUCGCAGUGCACUGGAAAUGCUUGCACGUCAUUUGCCGCCAUGCCAUAUUGCUUCUGUGAUAUAAUGAUUGUGGAAAGGUCUGGUACCACUCUCACUACCCAUGCAGUCAACCCCACGACGCAAGACCGUGAUGAGGGCACAGUCUUCAACCAUGGAUUGCUGACAGGCCUAGCCGUUGGGGGCGGCAUUCUACUCUUCUUGGUCUUGGUCGUUAUAGCAAUAGCCGUCUGCCUCGUCAACAGAAAGCAACCAACAAGCAGAGGGCCUUCGAUCAGACGUAGUACCAAUUCUUCGAUGGCACCAAUCGCACCAUCAGACGGAAUGAAGGGCGUCAACAAUCCAACCUACGACAACGACAGUCGUUUCGCGUCAAGGGGCGCCUCCGGACGCAAACCCUCAACAACAUCCUAUUCGUACCCCUACGCCCCUCGCCUCGCGGCUAGCCGCCAACUCAGUACCUCGCAAAGAGGUACCAACCCCACACCCAGUGCCCGAGAUGAGUCCUCAUACUACCAGGAGCUCACCCAUAACAGAGGAGGUGAUCGGCCUCCUACGUAUGAAGAUUCUGAGAGUUUGAGGGCGAGUAUUGAGGCUGGUAGAGUGGUUCGACAACAGCCGGUUUACAUGGAGCUCAUGAGGCCGAGUGAUCGUAGCGGACCACGACCGCCGGUUGACACUUACAUGUAUUAGGGUAAAUUUUAUUUAUUCAUUUUAUUUACUUAUUUAUUUAUUUAUUUUAAAACCUUAGAGAUACACAAGGGUUACAAGUUGGACAUUGGCUGUCAAGGUUAUACAAAAGUAUACAAACUGUCAUCUACUCCGCGGUAGGGAAGCUAAUAACGAGAAGUCCCCUCGAUCCACUAAAGCUGAAGUAGUAGUCCCGACAAAACUUCUACCUUUCUUUUCAGAACUGAGAAGUCUCCCAAAUUACUAAAAUCUACUCCCUAUAGUAAAGAACAUAAUCUACAUGGCAAGUACACACACACCGGUGUUACCGCAAACCAAAUAUAUAUUGAUACCUCACCAUGCAAUGCCCAAAAUCCACAAUACAACAUUAUUUUGUUGCCCACUUUAUGUUUCAAAAUGUAAAAGAGUCAGUUGGUCAUAAUCAAAUUAUUUGAGCUUUCGUAUAGGUACAGGUUGCAAAGGUUUUAUAACCCCAGACAAACAAAGAGCAAGAAGGAAAACGUUUGAAGUCCAUAUAAAUUUCAUUUCUGAAAAUAAACAACUUACGGAUAAAGACGGGUUUGGUCCAUGGCAGACGCUGACCUGUGUUGCACUUUGAUUUUCGGAACAUCCUUGACCUGCCGUGGCGGGAGCGACGACGUCCGCCGUUUAAAUUGCGAUUUCUUCGGCCUGGGAGCUCGAUGAAUAUGCGGUGUGGAGUAAGUCCCCACUUUCCCGGCGUCGUCAUGGUUUGACGUUUCACCGAAGACGGCGAAGUCAGUUUCAAAAUUAACCAUCACAAAGAUCGACUCAACUCUCAAAAAAUUGCAGCGACUAGUCGCUUUAAAAGUCACAGGAGUCAGUAUAGCGUCCUCCAAUCAAAACAACAAAAUUUCCUAUGUUAUUAACAACAUCUCUGACUCUGAAAAGCUGGACCUUAAAUCGAGUUGAGGAUUGUCUAAAAUGAGCCCAGAGACGAGCAGAGUGUACUGUUCGAAGCGUCGAGACAACCCGGCUCUUUUCAGAGCCAACACAUCCUCAAGAGUAUUAUUACAUGGUAGCACCGGCCCUCAAGUUUGAAGAUUGUUCAAAAUGAGUCUGAAGACGAGCAGAGUAUGCUGUUCGAAACGUCAAGACCAAACCGUCUCUUUUCAGAGCCAACACAUCCUCAAGAGUAUGAUUACAUGGUUGCAGCCCGGCCCUCAAGUUUGAAGAUUGUCCAAAAUGAGUCUGAAGACGAGCAGAGUAUACCUUUUGAUACGUCGAGACCAAACCGGCUCACUUUCCAGAGCCACCACUCCCUCAAAAACUAACCACUACAUGUACAUGGUUGUACUGCAAGUUUGGAGACAUUCCCUCAAAAGAGAAAUAUUACAUGGUUGCACCCGCAAGUUUACUAUUAUUUGUAGUUUAUUCUCAGCCCGAUAAACGAGUUUUGUAUCCACAGAAUGACGAAUAUGUCUGGUUGACCAACAGAAUGAGAUAAUCGGAAAGGAACAAUCAUUCUUAUGCGAUUUGAGGCAGAGCCAACAGAUCACAGAACGGAAAAACACGGAGGAAAAUGCCAGCAUUUUUUGAAUACGAAUAAAACCAGUGUAGAUUCAAUUUCCGUUCGGAGCGUGCUUUUGCCACUGUGCGGCACGGGCUUCUUUAGUCGGCAGUGCAUUGCCUCUGGGAAUAAUUUCCCGUUUCUUUCUCGUGGUGGACAGAAGAAGAAUGAGUUGGGAGGAAUGCACUAUGGUUUGUUAUCUGCUGACGUCAUCAAUAAUAUUGUAGUGAAUUUUGAAUAGUUAUAUUUCCUUAAGUAAGAUUUAUACUGCCAUAUAUUACUUGCUCUUGAAUCACAAAAGGUAAUGAUUCUAUAUUUAUAUAGGAUUUGAGGCAUUGCAUGGUGAGGUAUCAAUGUAUAUUUGGU